GCCACGAACCUGAAGCCACGAACCUGAAGUCGAACCCUCAGCGGAGGAGCUGACGGUUCCUUCAUGUGAAGCUCAGAAUUUGCUUUGUGCUUUAUUCAAACGACCCUUGAGACACGAACUAAACUUUACUGACACCGUGGGAGCGUCUGUCCAGAUGUGUGAACGCGGAUCUGUGCGUAAAUCUGACGAGAACGAGGGCACAACGUAAAGAGCUGCUUCGUGGGCGCUCGUUCCCGUCGCGCGCGGACCCUCCCUCUGCAGCAGCUCAUCCCGGGGCUGAGCCUCAACUUUCUCAUAUCACUGACGUCUGUGUCGCGGGGAUUAAAGAUUAAAGAUCUGGAAGAACGUUGCAUCAUUGACUCCGCCACGAGGAACGGACGUGUUCCUCGGUCGCCUCCGAUAAAGUGGCUCGACGUGGGCGGCGCGUCGCGUCGCGUCGCGGACACGGAGCCGCCGAAGCAGCAGCUGGAUGCGAAGCGAGGGAACCGCAGCUGCGCGUAAAUGGAGCUGCUCCGGGUCGGACUCGACACAGAGUCCGUGUGAUGGUGCGCGGGUUCGGUUCUUCCCGUCCUCGGACUGAGCGUCCGUCACUGCAGGGCUCGUUACGUGGUCUUAAUGAGCUGUGACGCUAUCAGCUGAUCGUUCGGGGACGCGCCCGCUUUCACCCUGGUGACAUUUUUUUGGCACCGUCGAAAUUGCGUUGCGGCACGAAAGGAGCCGCGCUCCGAACCGGGGAAGGUCCAACAGAGGCUUCAGCAAGUCCGAAGACGGCGUUAAACGACACAUGGAAACUAUGUGAAGAGUAAAGACGUGGAAAUGCGUCGCAAAUGCGUGUUUGUGCUCCAGGUGUGCACCGCCCUCGGCCUCCUGUCCUCGGCCUCUGGCGUCGACCUCACGUGUGAAGCGCUGCUUCUGCUUUCAGGGAAUUUCUCGCUGCAGUCGCUGGCCGCCUCCUGGAACCAGAGCCUGAGCAACGCCACCAGUCAAUGGAGCGGCUCCGGCCUCCACUGCAACACCUCCAUCGACGGCAUCGGCACCUGCUGGCCCCGGAGCGGCGCCGGCCAGAUGGUGGCGCGGCCGUGCCCCGAGAUGUUCUACGGCGUCCGAUACAACACCACCAAUAACGUGUACAGGAAAUGCCUGGCCAACGGGACCUGGGCUCUGAAGGGGAACUACUCCAUGUGUAAGGCCAUUCUUCACGAGGAGAAAAAAGGCAAGAUGCACUACCAAAUAGCUGUGAUCAUAAACUUCCUGGGCCACUGCAUCUCCAUGGUGGCGCUGCUCAUAGCCUUCUUCCUCUUCUUGUGUUUGAGGAGCAUCCGCUGCCUGAGAAACAUCAUCCACUGGAACCUCAUCGCCGCCUUCAUCCUGAGGAACGCCACCUGGUUCAUCGUCCAGCUGACCAUGAGCCCCGAGGUGCACGAGAGCAACGUGGUCUGGUGUCGCCUCGUCACCGCCUCCUUCAACUAUUUCCACUCCACCAACUUCUUCUGGAUGUUCGGCGAGGGCUGCUACCUCCACACCGCCAUCGUGCUCACCUACUCCACCGACAAGCUGCGCAAGUGGAUGUUCAUCUGCAUCGGCUGGUGUAUCCCGUUCCCCAUCAUCGUGGCCUGGGCCGUCGGGAAGCUCUACUACGACAACGAGAAGUGCUGGUUCGGGAAGCGAGCCGGAGUCUACACGGACUACAUCUACCAAGGGCCCAUGAUCCUGGUGCUGGUGAUCAAUUUCAUUUUCCUCUUCAACAUUGUGAGGAUCCUGAUGACCAAACUGCGAGCGUCCACCACGUCAGAGACCAUCCAGUACAGGAAAGCGGUGAAGGCCACGCUGGUCCUCCUUCCUCUGCUGGGAAUCACCUACAUGCUGUUUUUCGUCAACCCCGGGGAGGAUGAGAUCUCUCAAAUCGUCUUCAUAUAUUUUAACUCCUUCUUGGAAUCUUUUCAGGGCUUCUUCGUGUCAGUGUUUUACUGCUUCCUGAACAGUGAGGUGCGCUCGGCCGUGAGGAAGCGCUUCCACCGCUGGCAGGAGCAGCACUCCAUCCGGGCCAGGAUGACCCAGGCUCUGUCCAUCCCCACCUCCCCGUCCCGGGUCAGCUUUCACAGCAUCAAGCAGUCCACGUCGCUAUGAGAGGAGGCCGGCGCGUCACCGCGAGGCUCUGAGCCUCAGGACACUACGCAGACAGGAGGCUGCAGACUGUACGAGUGCCCAGGCUGUGAAUGUACAGCACCCCGUUCAUCGCGGCUCUGCGUCAACCUGGAGCAGAAACUGGACUGGAUGAAGCUCUUACUCAGUUAUUGAAGCCACGUGUAGAUUGUAUUUUGCGGCUACGAGCGACUGUGUUUGUGUUCCUUUAGUGUUGUGCUCUUUGCUGCUCGCGCGACUCUUCAGAAAGCGUCAACACGUUCCAUAGUUUCAGCCUAAAGACGUUUGUUCCAGAAAUGAUGUUGGUCAUGUCACGAAGCAGACUGCAGCCAAGCUUAAAAAGCCUUUGUGUCACUGACCUCACUGCUUUCUGCUCACAGACCUGCGUUUGCUCAUCACAUCGGCAAGAGACACUUGCUGCGUUCUGACAUGAUUUCCACAACAUUUACAUCAAACUCACGGAUGAUGUUUGGAACAAAAGUGGAUGAAGCUGAUUCUCCUUCUGUUCACCAGCAGCACAUUAUAAGCUACAGGCCGAGCACCGAGAGCUGUGAGCGUGAACGCGGGCGGUUCUGUUUAAUGAUUUAUUGUAAAUAUAUAAAUGUGAAAGUGUAAAAAUGAAGUAGUCACAGAUAUAAACCAAAAUCUUCACACUGAAUCAAUCGGGCACAUCCUCCAUGAGACCAGCACCUCACCGUCCACAUUCCUUCUGAACCAGGAUGCCUGUUGCACCUGCGCUUUUCUGUCCCAUUCUUUGUGAGAGUCUUUUUUUUAUCUACACGUUAACGUUUGAAUUGAAUGUUUUUUAAAUUGACCCUUUUUAGUGACAUGUGAGCUGUGGUUGUGAAUAAAUGUCAACUUGUUUAAGGAUAGUGACCUUUACACGCCACUGUGGUGUUAGCAUUAUUUACGUGAUCAGAGUUGAACAUGUUUAUCACUGUGCAAUGUAAAGAACGUCAUUCAAUAAGAGGUUACAGUUUAAAUAUAAGUUUAAUGUUUGCAGGAGACGAGAGGAGUCUGUUGAUGACAUGUUGAGUCCAGCUCAGUAAAACAUUCAGAGAUUAUUAAAGAUUAUUUACACAGAUGUUCAUAGUGCUUCAGUAUAUAUGACAAAAUCACAAUGUAAUACACUACAAUAUUAUUUAUUGUUAUUUAUUUUGAAAAUUGUUAUUUUCAUACUUGAAAAGAUGUCGAUGAUAAUAAACUGUGUUACAUUUGGCUGAAUGAAAAACUGAACAAAG